AUGGGUGUUAGUCUGAAAAUGGACCAAGCUUUGCUCACGUUUCACAACCUGCUGACAGAAGAAACGUCCGUCUUCUACACAUCAGAUUACUGCUACAAGUGCGUGCCUCAGCUUUUGGUGGCCGUGAAGCCCAACAACAACAACAACAAUGAAUCCGCAGUGAUCAGCACUAAGUUCGCUCUGACCAUGCAAGUCCAGUCGCCAAACAGGAACACAACGUUUUGCAGGUGGAGUCAGACAUAUGAAGAGGGAGGUCAAUACUCUGUUUGGAUCCAGAGGUCAGAGGUCGAGUCUGAGGCCGUCUGCUUUCACACUGUGGACGAAGCUCCACACCAUGCAAACCUGCCUCUUCUGGUGGCGACUCUCCUCCUGGCUGUAAUCGCCCUCCUAGUCGUUCUAGUACCGUACAUCUACAGGAGGCGGUGUACAUCCCAUUUUAUUAAGACCAUUUGCUGCCAAGGUUCACAGCCCUCGGUGGAUAAUUUGUCUCUGCAGGAUGGAGCCGCUGCCGGUCGCGAAGCUGCAAACAGGCCCGGUAACGCUAAACCAGCGCGCCUGCUCUCCCUGGAUGCUUUCCGAGGGUUUUCCCUGACGGUGAUGGUGUUUGUGAACUAUGGAGGAGGAGGCUACUGGUUCUUUCAGCAUGCACCUUGGAAUGGUCUGACUGUGGCAGAUCUCGUCAUGCCCUGGUUUGUCUUCAUAAUUGGGACUUCAGUGGUUUUGGCUUUCAGAUCCAUGCAGAGGAGGGGAGCGAGCCGCCGGCAGCUGCUGCGAAAGACCACCUGGAGGACAGUCGUCCUCUUCCUGCUCGGCUUCUGCUUCCUCAACUACUCCCCGAGAGACGGGCCGCUGUCCUGGUCCUGGCUGAGGGUCCCCGGAGUGCUGCAGCGUCUGGCCUUCACCUACUUUGUUCUGUCUCUUCUGCAGACUUUCUGGGGCCAGAAAGAAAUCCCACUGAGAGCGCCCCACUGGUGGAGCCCCCUCCAGGACGUUCUCCUCUACUGGCCCCAGUGGCUGAUCAUCCUCCUGCUGGAGACCGUGUGGCUGAGCGUCACCUUCCUCCUGCCCGUGCCCAACUGCCCGACAGGGUAUUUAGGAGCUGGUGGAAUCGGUGAUAAUGGCCUCUACCCAGAAUGCACUGGGGGUGCGGCAGGACUGGUUGAUAGAUGGAUGUUUGGCGAUAACAUGUACAGAUACCCUACAUGCAAGGAAAUGUAUCAGACGACGCAGCCCUUUGACCCGGAAGGACUUCUGGGUACAAUCAACUCUGUGGUCAUGGGUUUUCUGGGGAUGCAAGCGGGGAAAAUUUUCAUUUGCUACAAAGGGAGGAACCUUCACAUCCUCGGCCGACUCCUGGUGUGGGCCGUUAUCCUGGGAAUCUCGGCAGCCAUCCUUUCUAAGUGCACGAGAGACGGAGGAUUUAUACCUGUCAAUAAAAACCUUUGGUCCCUGUCCUACGUGGUGUGCAUGGGCUGCUUCUCGUUCCUGCUGCUGGGAGCCAUGUACUUUGUCAUUGAUAUCCAGAGCUGGUGGGGCGGACAGCCGUUCAUUUACCCAGGGAUGAACUCCAUCUUUGUGUACGUUGGCCACUCUCUCCUGGGCUUCUACUUCCCUUUCAGCUGGGAGAUGCGCUUCCAGGAGAGCCACUGGGAGCGGCUCUUCCAGAGCCUGUGGGGGACGGCGCUCUGGGUGCUCAUCGCCUACUUCCUCUACAGGAAGAAAUUCUUCCUCAAAAUAUGA